UGCUUGUCAUUCCACGUGCUUUUGCUGAGUUUGUAAAAGAGAAACUUGGAUGGUGGAUUAACAAGAACACUGACGUUUUGUGGAAAGUGUCAAAUUGGAGAAUACUGAAUUUUCACCCUAGUCAAGCAGCUCUGCUGCUCACGUAAAUACAGAUGAAUGAAGACCCCAUUCGGAAAGUCACCUGGCCAGCGGUCCAGAGCUGAUGCAGGCCAUGCUGGAGUGUCUGCAAACAUGAUGAAGAAGAGGACAUCCCACAAAAAACAUCGGAGCAAUGUGGGGCCAAGCAAGCCUGUGUCCCAACCCCGGCGGAACAUCGUUGGCUGCAGGAUCCAGCAUGGGUGGAGAGAGGGCAAUGGCCCUGUCACCCAGUGGAAGGGGACUGUCCUGGACCAGGUGCCCGUAAAUCCUUCUUUGUAUCUUAUAAAAUACGAUGGAUUUGACUGUGUUUAUGGACUAGAACUUAAUAAAGAUGAAAGAGUUUCUGCACUCGAAGUCCUCCCUGAUAGAGUUGCAACAUCUCGAAUCAGCGAUGCACAUUUAGCAGACACAAUGAUUGGUAAAGCGGUGGAACAUAUGUUUGAGACAGAGGAUGGCUCUAAAGAUGAAUGGAGGGGCAUGGUCUUAGCACGGGCACCUGUCAUGAACACAUGGUUUUACAUCACUUAUGAGAAAGACCCUGUCUUGUACAUGUACCAGCUCUUAGAUGACUAUAAAGAAGGUGACCUUCGCAUCAUGCCCGAUUCUAAUGAUUCACCUCCAGCAGAAAGGGAACCAGGAGAAGUUGUGGACAGCCUGGUAGGCAAACAAGUGGAAUAUGCCAAAGAAGAUGGCUCAAAAAGG